AUGGAGCAAAUAAAAGAGAAUAGUAUAUCAAGUAAAUUUUUUAAUACAUAUAUUUUUAACAUAUUUUUUUACAAAUAUUUUCUUUUUGAUAAAUUAAUUUUGGAACAAAUGAAUCAAAUAAAUGAAAAUAUAAAGAAAAAUAAAUUUUCUAUAAUACUUGGUGAUCAAAUAUAUGAAAUAUGUACAGAAUUAAGAAUUAAAGGGAAAGAAUUAGAAAAAACAAAUAAAGAUGAUUUAGAUAAAUUUUUUUCUUCAAUUCGUCUUGCUUCUUGUCGUGAAGAUGGGGAACUUGGAUUACCUUGUAGAAUUAAAAUUCUGGAAUUAUUAGAAAUUCGUUUAAUGGGGUGGAGAAAUAAUUUAUCACAUGCCCGUUAUUAUGCAAGAAAAGAACGUGAAUUGGAAGAAUUAAAAAAUGAAGAUUUAUUUAGUACAUUUCAGUCAAAAACCAAUUCUUGUACAUCAUCAACUAAUUCAAUUUCACCAAAAUUUAUGAAUAAUAAUAACGAGAUUAAUAAUUUAUAUUCAAAACAAAAUUUUGUGUCAAAUAAAAAUUCCCCCCAAUCACCACCAUCACAACAACAAAGACCACUUUCAAUAGAUAAUUCUGCUUCUGAUAUUCAAUCACCAAUUCCAUUAUUUCCAGCUCAAUUCAAUAUUCCACCUCCCUCACUUCCACCACCAACUUGUUUGAUUGAUCCAACAGUUGACAAUAAUGUUCUAAUUUUUAUUAUAAAAAUUAAUUUCCAAUUUAAUUUUUUAGACUAUUUAAUGUUGUAG